AUGGGAUCUCUUUUAAGCAACAAGGGAAACAGUAAAUCAUCGAAGAAUGAUCUUACGGAGGACAACUCUGGAACAGGAGAGAAGGAAAAGGAUGUUAGACCGAAGACCAAAACUAAUGCUGAUCCUACCAAGCGUAACACGUUAAGCCAGGCCUUCCGUACACCGCAGACUGUAAGACACAGGAAUCUUGUGAAAGAAGUUCAAAAACCACCCUCUAGUGUCUCUGCCAUCCAGCAAUCUAAUCCUGGUAUGUAUAAGGGUCGUGUAGUACAGUCUAAAAUCGACUGUUUCAGAAAACCCAAUGCUGCUGAUGUGAAGACCACAGAAAAGAAAGUGAUUUCAAAACUGGAUGUGACAAGACCAAAACCUGAAUGGCCUAAAGUUCGGUCCAAGUCUGUUUCUUCCCUGCCAAUGUCCUCUAAAGCCAGAGUAAACUCUGCUGUGUCAUCUAGACCGAAAUCUGUCUCUGAUAUCCCGCUGAAUGCCAAUGAAAAACCAGUCCAGGUGUCCGUUUCCCAUAAACGUAUACCUCAGAACGUCCCAGGCACCGUCACCCAAGCAGGUGCUUGUGCUCUUCCCAGGUCAGCCCCUCUAGCUACAAGGCACUCGGCCAUCAGCAAACCCAUCGCUUCGAAGAAGAAAGAGAAGACGGUGCAGGUGGAGAAACCCAAAACAGCCACCACUAAACAGAAAGUCCGCAGGCCUGUCACAAGUACAGCCAGCCAGUACAAAGUGCGAAUAAAGACGGCUGAGGAAAGAAGAGCAAAGCUUGCAGAGUGGAAGGGAAAGACUCUGAAGAAGCCUCCAAUCUUGGAAAAGUCUGCAACCUUUUCAAGAAAUCCAAAACCGGUUCUUCGGCCUAAAACUGGACCCAAAGCAACAAUUGGUGCCCAGUCUGAGCCUGUCGUCCAGUUUGAGGCUGUAAAACCAACCGCUGCAUUGAAGACUGACAACCAAACUAAUGAUAUUGAAGUCCCUGACAAUAAAACAGUGUGUUCUAGGAGAUCAAGCUAUAUUAUGAAUACCUCACUAGACUUGCUGGACACCAGUGAUAUGGAUUUGCCAGUUGACCCAGAGAUAAGGAUGGAGUCGGUGUUGAACUUGUGUGAUAAAUUGGAGGCAAUGGAGAUGCCCUCAUCAUGUGAAGAUGGUGUAAAUGUUGACAAGUCUGAUGUGGUGGCAGAGAAAAGAGUGGAAGUGCAGGAAACAGAUAAAGUGUUUGAAAUUCUGGAAGAGGAGGAACUGGGAGAUGAGGAAGACUCGGAGAGCCACAUUACAGAAGACACUAAGAAGGCUGUCAUAAAGAAUGAUGAUGAUUAUCAUGACAGUGAUGAGAAGAUGAAGAGCACCACUCCAGAGAUGGCAGGGGCAUCCAUUGUGAAAUACAAUGUGAAAACAACUCCGUAUUUGCAAAGAGUGAAAAAGAUAAUUGAAUGCAAAACAGCACCAGGCAGUGGCUCACGACAUAGAAACAUCAUCAAAGACCUGAAGUUUCUGACACCUGUGCGAAGAUCGAUGCGAAUCCAACAUAAGUCCUCUUGUCUGCCUGGUAUGCUGAAUGACCACGAUACUUGCGUCUCCUCGUUGGCUGUGCUGAUGCAGAGGGAAGAUGCAUAUGCGAAUGUUUACAUCUACAGAAAAAAUCCAGCACUACUGGAAGAACUGCCUGAUCAGCCUGAAGACUUUUCAAAAGUAUACAGUUAAGCAAUAUAAGCUAAUGUUGAUGUCGCUUUCAAAUUGGACAUUUAUAGCAUAUGUAACACCUUCAUUUAAAGUAUUUUAUGUGACACUAUUAAAAAAUAGUUAAUUUUUUUAAGUAUUUAAGUGUUUGUUGCAUUGGGCUGCUAAAUAGAGCAAUCUCUUAACUGCCGUGGCUUGACAGCUCAAGGACAAAUAAAGCUGCAUGUGGUGAAGACGGGCCCAAGCCACCAGUGCAGCCGCCACUCCGGUGGCAUCAAGAAAACCGUCUGGUUUUUAAGGGUUACAGCAAUGAAAGGUUUAAUCUAAUAAAUAACAGAUUGGAGAUUUAAAUGAUAGCAGAUUUGUCUCAUUUUAAAUGAAUACUAAAAACGGAGAUGAA